ACGGUUAUUCAUUUAAACGUCUCGUGUAUUUGAACAAAUCGCACAUUUCUACGGAAAAAAGAAAAAGAAAAGCUUAGUCAGUCCCGCUAUGCAUCUUUUCAGCUGUUUAUAUACUCGGAUACACCUGGAAAUAAUUCAAGUACACCCGCCUCAUUUUGCCUCAAUUUUGACAUGACCAGACUUUUAAAAUUUAAUCUGGGCAAUGGUACCAGCUUGCAACAACUGGAACAAGCUCUGCACCAGCAUUAGACACCUUACUGGUAGUAUGAGGAGAAGGGUUGAAGCUAUCAUCCGGCACGUGGUGGUUACACACGUUAUUAAAAAUUUGGCUACAUAAUGUCAUUUUAGGUUAAGUAAUCGCCAAAAUUUACCAAAAAUAUCAACCAGUUAAUGCUUUACUUUACUUUACUAUACCUAUAAGCUCUUACAUUUUUGGUAAAAGACAACACAUUUGCUUAUGCUUCAAUAAUUUGGUUAAGAAUAAUUAAACUCACAAAACUGGUUUAUGAUUACAGUGCUUUCAAUCACAACCAAUUUGAAUUUCCGUGGGUGUUCUCAAUUAUUUGCAGGUCAGGUAGAUGUUAGUCAAGUUGCUUACAGACCAAGGGAGUCCCCGUUUCCAAUGAUUUCUGUAGACGAGGCUGUUGCUAUCGUGAUGGAGCAUGCGCAGACACUGUCAGAGGAGACCAUCAACUUCACAG